AGUUCCUCAGGGCAUCGCUGGACACCAUAGACGAUGAGGUGUGGAUCGAGGCCCUCAGCUGUGGCUGAGUAGCUCUGCCAGCAGCUCUGCAGAAAAGUCCUUCCUGUACAAGGCUCUGGGGACAGUGCAGGGAGCCUGUAAGAGAGUCUUCCACAUCCAGGAGAAGCUGCUGCAGCACCUGGAGGAAGCAAACGCGGAGGAGCCAUGUGAGGCCCAGGGAAUGAUCACACUUCUCAGCCAUGCUGCUGAGAAUAACUUCCAAACAGUCCUGGCCACGCUCACCAUGUUUGCGUCCAGGCUGUGCAAAGGCCGCAAGGUGAGGAUUUCCAGGAGCAAGAAGAUGGAGCUGGACAGCACAAGAGCUCAUGCCACACGUGGUGCUCUCAUGCUCGCCCACGGCAGCUUGGCACUGCGUGCCGCCAAGGAACAGCUGCUCGCUGGAGGUAGACAUCGUGGGCAACGUCCUGAUGCUCUACAGCUGCAGCUGCCAGGACUUGCAGAACAACCUGGUGCAGAGCAUCACUGACUGCAGCUCUGCCUUCCAUGCUGUGGGGGAUACUGCAUCCUUUAACCCCUCCCUGGAGGCAAAGCUUCUGGAGAUCCUGAUGGACCUGCUGAAGAAAUAUUGCUUGGGCAUCCCUGUCUCCCCAGUGCUUCUCAAGGUGGUUCUGGCCCUGGAGCAGUUGAGCAAGCUGAAGCCCACUUUUGAAAGCAAGGACAUGCGAGAGAUGUUGGUCCUGUGCUGCAAGAACAUGGUGACACAUCCUUCAGCAAAGAUGAUGCUGAAGAUCAGGAAGUCACAGCAAGCUGCACAGUACCUGCAGCUUCAGCAAAGGUCACUGAAAGCUCUGGGCCGGCUCAUGGCCAUCCUGCUUGAGACAGAGCCCAGGGGUGGCUUCUUCCAGAACAUAGUGCAUAUCCUGCAGGGAUCAAUGGUAUCAGAGAACGUGUGGGAGCGCAAGAGGGCACUGCAGACCUGCUCCCAGCUUCUGGAUGCUUGUGAAGAGCUUCAACCAAAGCAGCCAACAGAGUCAGUGAGACAAGAGACAUCAGGAGCCUCUGUGAGGGACUGCAUGCCUGCAGCACUGUCUCUCAUCUCCAGACGACGUCCAAAAUGGCCAUGAUCGUGUGCAGAAACUUCCCCCUCGAAUGCACCGUCGACUUCAUGAUGGCCAUCAAGGAGACCAUCCGCAAAGCCAAAGGAGUGCGUGUGCGUGCUGCUGGGAAGUGGAUGACCACCUUCCUGCAGAUGCACGGGAAGGACAUCUGCUGGAAUAUACUGCCUGCCCUUCACUUUACCCAGCAACAUUAUACCUGCUCCCUGAGGAAGAAAGACAAUGUUUUCUCAAGUGCAGAUGCAUGUGGCCUGGUGGAGACUGCUUGACACGUGCAGGAUUUCAGUGAAAACCUGAUGUGCAUCCAGAAUUCUCAGAGCUUGAAGCGAGGAAGAUGCAACAAGGUCAGUGUUAUCACCUA